GCUUUCUCACGUCCGCUCUCUUACCCCAGAGAAGGCAGACCCUGGUGGACUCUCGGUACCGUUUAAUUCUCAGCAAACACCCGUAAAAACCCGCAACCAUGAGCAGGAAAUUCUUCGUUGGUGGAAACUGGAAGAUGAACGGCGACAAGAAGAGCCUCGGGGAGCUCAUCGAGACCCUGAACGCAGCCAAGGUGGACCCCAAUGUCGAGGUGGUCUGUGGUGCUCCUUCAAUCUACCUGGAGUUCGCCAGGUCCAAGCUGGAUGCCAAGUUCGGCGUUGCUGCCCAGAACUGCUACAAAGUUGCCAAGGGUGCCUUCACUGGGGAGAUCAGCCCUGCGAUGAUCAAGGACUGUGGAGUACACUGGGUGAUCCUGGGACACUCUGAGAGGCGCCACGUCUUCGGAGAGAGUGAUGAGCUCAUUGGUCAGAAGACAGCCCACGCUCUGGAGAAUGGUCUCGGUGUCAUCGCCUGCAUCGGUGAGAAGCUGGACGAGAGGGAGGGCGGCAUCACCGAUAAGGUCGUCCACGCUCAGACCAAGGUCAUCGCAGACAAUGUAAAGGACUGGAGCAAGGUCGUGCUUGCGUAUGAGCCUGUGUGGGCCAUUGGCACCGGCAAGACUGCCUCCCCACAGCAGGCUCAGGAAGUUCAUGAGAAACUGAGAGAGUGGCUGAAGGUCAACGUGUCUGAGGCUGUAGCUAACUCUGUGAGGAUCAUCUACGGAGGCUCUGUGACUGGUGGUACCUGCAAAGAGCUCGCUUCCCAGAAGGACGUUGACGGUUUCCUUGUGGGCGGAGCCUCCCUGAAGCCAGAGUUUGUUGAAAUCAUCAACGCCAAGGCAUAAAAACCCCGGGCAGCUGCAAUGUGACCACGUCCAGAUCAGAGGCCAGCUCCAUUCAGACGAUCAGUUCCAUCAUCCCUCACUCUCAGCACUUAGUCCUCUUCCCCUUUUUAUUCAAAAGUAUUUGUGUAAUGAUGUCAUUCCCUCCUUUUCCUUUACAUUGUUUGGGUAUAUUUUGUCACGAAGAAAAGGGACAGGUUGACACAUGCACUGUACCGCACUGAAAAGAGUUAAGUCCACUGAGAAUAGUCUGUGUGCAUACUAACUUCCACACCAAGUGCUCAAGCUGUAAAGACGGACAUUUACACCUUGAAGUGGACGGCCGGUCCACGCCUUUACUUGAAAAGUUUACCAACUUUUUGUGUGUAAACAGUGUCACAGCUCUUUGUCAAUCAGAUUUAUUUGUCUUUUUAAUAUCGAUGUCUCUUUCGUGUAAUUAUGAUGUUCUGUGGCUUUUACCUCCCUGUAGACGUGCAUGAUCUGCUCUCUCAUUGGCUGUUGUGCCAAGAGGGGAGCGUCCAUUACGUGUUAACCAUAUUGUGUCAUGGCCGAUGGGCAGAAGGGUGGGAAGGCUAUAAGGAAACAUUAUAAUAAAUGGUUUAGAGACUGA